AUGCAGACGACGACGACCGCCCGAGGCCGUCUCGCGCUGCUGAUGCUCAUCGCCGUCGCCAGUCUGGCCUCGAGUCAGGCCGGCGCCAAUCUGUCGGCCCGGCAACCGGACUACGUCGACCUGUUGGCGACCGCGCCGCCGAGCAGUCGGUCGGUCCGAGAGCCGCCAGGCCCGGCUGCGCAACCGUUGGCCUCGACGUUGGGUUCUCAGUCGCACUUGGAGACAGAUUCGGCGUCGACUCUUUCAGGCGCCGAACGGAGUCGCGUCUCGGGACGUCGGCAGUUGGCGGCGCACAAAAAGGAGGAGGGGGAGGAGGAGGAAACAACGGCGGCGGCGGCGGCGGCGGCGGGUUCGAGACCUGUGGAUGGGCAGGCGGCGUCGGUGCCGAGGCUCGAGCCGGACCGGAUGGCAACGCACUACGAGGAGACGGGGGAGGACGGCAGCUACGCCUGCCUGCCCAUCCGGGAGCCCAUUUGUCAGGGCCUCCAGUACAAGCACACAAAAAUGCCCAACCUCAUCGGACUGACGAGCCAGAGAGAGUCGGCCAAGCGGAUGAACGACUACCGCGCCCUCAUCAACGUCGGCUGUUCGCACUACCUCAAGUUCUUCCUGUGCACCAUCUACUUUCCCAUGUGCUCGCCGGCUCUGGACGCCUCUUUGCAGCCCUGCCAGACGUUGUGUCGGUAUGUUCAGUCGAAGUGUGAGCCGAUCAUGCGCAAGUUCAACUUCAACUGGCCCGAAGACCUCAACUGUUCGGGGCUGCCGCAAAAGUCGAGCAUGUGCAUCCAUCCGGAAAACUACGACAUGGACCGCAACUCCAACGGUCUCGAUCAGGUGUUGAUACCCGAGUUGAGUCGUCUUCUGGAGCACUCGAGCCAAGCCCAGAGCCAACAGGCGCACGAACGAAGGCCGGCGACAAGUGAACUCCCGCCGGCGGCGGACGACAACGACGCGCCGGCCUCCGGCAGACCCCUCAAUCCCUGGUUGCCAACGGCAACGGCGGCAAGAUCGGCCGGACUGGGCGACGUCUGCACGGUGGCUCAACUGCGCUUGCCCAGCGACACGCCCGGGGGCAACAUGACGUGUGUGGCCCGUUGCGAUGCCCAUCUCUUCUACCGGCCGUGGGACAAGCGGUUCGCCGACGUCUGGCUCCUCGUCUGGGCCGUGGCCUGCAUCUGCUCGACCGGACUGACGGUCUUCACCUUCGCCACGGAGCCCGGCCGCUUUCGCUAUCCCGAGCGACCCAUCGUCUACCUUUCCGUCUGCUACCUCUUCUACUCCGUCGGCUACCUGUUGCGAGUCGCCCUUGGACGCCAGUUGACCGCCUGUCGCCAACGCAUCGAGUUGGCCGCCGCCAGCCCCGGGCCCUUGGGCAUGCUAGCUCUGGCCACUUGGACCGACGAGACCGCCGCCUCGGCGUCUCUGCACCACCUCGCCGACGCCUCUGUCCACCCCGGAGGACCAGUUGCCACGGCGACGGCGACAGCAACGGCGACGGCGACUUCUGCCAGUUUUCUCGUCAGCAUCGGACACGAGGGCACCUGGUGCACGAUUGUCUUCCUGAUGCUCUACUUCUUCGGCAUGGCCGGCAGCCUCUGGUGGGUGAUGCUGACGGUGACUUGGUUCCUGUCGGCCGGCCGCAAAUGGGGCUACGAAGGCGUGGAGUCGGUGAGCAGCCUGUUCCAUCUGCUCGCCUGGGCCGUGCCCGCAGUCAAGGCGAUCGUGCUGCUGAUUGUGCACCGAAUCGACGCCGACGAGCUGACCGGCCUCUGCUACGUCGGCUACCAGGACCGAGUGGGUCUGCUCAUCUUCGUCGUGCUGCCACAGCUGCUCUACCUGCUGGUCGGUUGCACCUUCCUCGCGUCUGGAUUCUGCUCGCUCGUCUCGGUGCGAGCCGACCUCAAACAGGACGUGGCCGCGGCCGCCGCCGCCGCCGCCACGGCCACGGCCACGGCCAAUCUGCUGCAGAAACACACUCAUUCCGCCUUCCAACAUCCGCUCUCCGGCUACCACUCUCCACAACAUUCGCACCAACAGCAGCACCAACUGCAUCAGUUCCAACCGGCCAUGGCGCCGGCAGACGCGUUCUGUGGACACCUUUCGCGGUUCCACCAAAUGCCCAGCCACGAGAUUUCGCCGCUGAGUCUGUCCAACAGUCUGCGCGGCGCUGCCAGCUCCGGCAACAUCCGGCGACUGGAGAAGCUGAUGGCGAAGAUCGGCGUCUUCUCCAUCCUGUACACGGUGCCGACGAUUUGUGUGAUCGCCGCCAACCUGUACGCCUAUGCCCGACUGCCGGCGUGGCAGACGAGUCUGUCGCGGUUGAGUCAGCGAAGGGAUUGUCUCUCGGCCAGCGGGACCAACUGGGCCGAGGAGACGCGAUGCACUCGCGGACUGAUGCUGCCCGCAGUCGAGAUCGCCAUGUUGCAGGUCUUCAUGCAGUUGGCCGUCGGCAUCACUUCCGGCCUGUGGGUCUGGUGCAACCGCAAGACCGUGGUCGGCUGGGCGCACUGUCUUCGUCUGACGAGACGAAGAGCCGGUGUCGACGUGGCCACUCACGGCGGCCUGGCCGCCGUUGCCGUGGCCAACGGACACAAAGCCGCUCUGACCUCGGGUCAUGGGGAGUUCGGAGGGAUGGCGGUUGGGGCGCGUGUGAACGGACCGAGUCCGGUCGCCAACGGCACCGUCGGUAUGCAUAGCCUUUUGAUGUCCGGCUCCAGUCUGCACUCGGGCCUGUUGCGCUCCAACUCGACGCAUGAGCCAGCCAGUGAGUGUAUUGCCUCAUAA